CACACUGGUCACACUGACUGUAUGAAUUUGUGUAAAAAUUCUUUAUGGCCCAAGGAAGAUAAAUUAACAAUAUUCAAGGCGCAGCAGUACAUCAAACACAAAUGACAGCUACCAAGCUGCUAAAGUAAAGAAUUAAACUGGAUAAACUCUUAAUAGCACGUGCCAUCGCGCAACUACCAAAUGAAAAUAAAACGCAAUUGAUUUGACAAUAGAAGGCACGCGGGCGAAGGGGGAAGGAAGAAGUAAAGAAAACCUCAGAUAAAAGUGGAAUAAAAAUAAAACACAGACUAUAGAAAUCCCCACAAUACGUCCCCGAAAUCAAGCCGGCAACACAGAUGAGACAUGCAAAUAUUGCCAAGGGCAAAGAUCAGCGGCACAGAGAACAUCAUCAUCAUCGUCGUCAUCAUCAGCAGCUAAAACAACAAUAACCAAAAUAGUUUAAUAUCAAUUGAACUAAUCACAGCUGUAACUUGUUUGUCCCACAACAACAACAACAACAAAAAAUAGAACAAAUAAGAGAUGACUCGAAAUAAUUGUCAUAUUCUCACAUUUGUGGGUCUCUGUUUAAUCUGCCAUGAAUUGGCUGUGGUCAGUGGACAUGUUUUGGUCUAUCGGCGUUCCACAAAUCAGUUAAUAGAGGAACUCAAUGAUUUGCCAGCACAAUUUGGUGGUAAUUUACCACCGAAUGGUCUUAAGGUGUUUGUGGUGCCCGCCGAACCCUCAUCGUUUGCUUGUGAUAAAUUAAAUAAGCCCCCACGUACCAUAUAUCCACCUAAUGCUAAAUUUGUGUCCCUUAUAUCCCGCGGCGGAGCGUGUACGUUUGAGAAAAAGGUUCGUGUGGCCCAAAGUGCAGGUUACUUUGCUGUGAUUGUCUACAAUAAUGAAGGUGAUGAUUUGGAACAAAUGUCUGCCGAUAAUUCUACGGGUAUAUAUAUACCAGCUGUAUUUGUUGGACAUACGUCAGGGAAAUUUUUAGCAUCGCUUGUAUCCACUGACAUUGUGGUAAUUAUCAACGAUGAGCUGCCCUUCAAUAUUAAUACCCAAUUGAUAUUGCCAUUUUCCAUACUAAUUGGCCUGUGCUUUCUCAUAAUGGUGAUCUACAUGAUAUAUAAAUGCAUACGGGAACAACGUCGUCAGAGACGCCAUCGAUUGCCCAAGAGUAUGCUGAAAAAGUUACCCAUUUUGCGUUAUACCAAAAAUAGUGUUAACAAUAAGUACGAUACGUGUGUUAUAUGCUUGGAGGAGUUCGUUGAGGACGAUAAGCUACGAGUGCUGCCGUGUUCGCAUCCCUAUCAUACACAUUGUAUUGAUCCUUGGCUAACAGAGAAUCGACGUGUUUGUCCUAUGUGCAAGCGUAAGGUUUUUACGAAGGGCGAAGCACGUGCAAAUCGGAAUCGACAGCUUUCUUUGGAUAGUGUCACCGAUACAGACGAUGAUACCACUCCGCUGUUGCAACAGCAGCCAACGAAUAGUCGACAAAGAACAGCGGCAGGUGGACCUGCUGGCAGUAGUACCAGUGUGACAGCAGCAACUGCAGCCGGUACCACACGGCAUGGGACAUUUAGCCGAGUGGAUGGCAGUGGAGGAAGUGCCAGCAGGGCUGGAACUAAUCCGUUUGAAACGGAGGAGAAUCAAAGCUCCGAUGAAGAAAAUGCACUACUUGUAUCCACUCCUUCCUCAUCAUCCACACGAGUCAAUCCGUUUGAUCGUGCCCCGAAUCUACCCGCACAUUUGGCUGUUCAGCUAAAUGAGAAUCGUCCGUCAAUUUGGUCGCGCAUCGGCUUUGGUUUCCUAUUUCGCCAACCUCCUACGGACGUUAGCGUAGCGGCUCCACCGUUUUUAGAUCAGCUAGAAUCGGGACUUCCAACGACAACAACAACAACGACGAGUCCCACGAUUGCUGUUUCCACGUCGCCCGCAUCGAAUAACAUCCUAAAUCCGAAUUUAAGCGGCUCCUUUAAGGAUGAUGACGAUAUGCCACCGCAUCGUUCCAUUUACGAACCCAUUGCAACAAAUACACCAUCUAGCCCCAAUGUUGAGACUGCUGGUGACGAAACAACUGGAGACUCAAUAUUCCUGCAACCUACCACUCAGGGUGGCAUUGGAGUAGCCGCCUUACCACAUAGCGGUUCCUCAAGUCGUCUAUUUCACAUUUGAAGCGUCUGCUUUCGAUUAAUCCAGCCGUUAAGAUCUAAGAUGAUAAUGUACUGUUGUGUGGUCUCUGCUCCCGGUUCUACCCCUCCAAAAUGGACAUGUAUUUGUUUUGCGAGUUUCUGGUUAUUUUAGAGUUUUGGCUGCCAGCUACAGCUUUGUUUUUUUUUUAAACGAUUAACUAAUGUUUACUCUUAAUCUAUAUUAUACCUAUAUAUAUAUAAAUACAUACAAAUAUCUAUAACUAAGCUAAUAUAUAUACAUAAAUAUGUAAACCAAUCGCAGCGUUGGCUUUGUGAGUUGUGUCACCUACAUAGAUAUGCGUAUUGUACCAAUUGUGAUUUAUUUUAUAUACAUUAAAUAACUAUCCCCCAACCGAUUGGCUUAACCAAAUCAAAAAAACAAAACGAAACGGAAGAAAAACCAACCAUUAAAUAAAAUUGUGUAAAAAUA